AUGGUGUCAUCUUUGAGGCACUACCUCCAAUUCUUAGCUAUACUAUGCUUUGCUUCUUUUCCUUUGGUGAAUGCGCUUCUCGCCGAAGAGGGAACAUUGGCUGGAGAUGAUUCCGGUGUACCACCAACCCCCUUCAACGAAGCAGCACUCUUAGCAGUUCUUGAUCAAUCACCUGAUCAGAAGUCCCCAGCAAAUCUUUUCAAGAUCCCAAUUCCCUUUACAGGGGAUCCUAACCCUCAACCAAACGGGGAUUGUCAGCCACUUAGUGGGCAUUAUGCUGAGAGUGCUGACGACAUACUUUGCAAUCAAAAACAUAGAACCGCGACGCUUUCCUACGCAUCUCGCCGCUCUUUGUGCAGUAACGGAGGUAGACGAAUAAUUGAGUGUCAACUUUGCUACGGCCUUGGAGUUGCAUUCCCUUCGGCUAUCUACGUCGAAUACCAAACUUGCGGUGGAACAAAAACAUGUGCACAAGGCGAAGAGCGAUACAAUCGAUGGGGAAGACGGGAGCCGUUCAGCAACUGCGUUCCUACAGAUACUAUCUUCAGAGCCAUCAUCGCAAAGGGAAGUGCUCUGCGGGAAUAUUGCACUAGCAAAUUUACGUUUUCGUCCGCUGGAGGUGGAAAAGGCAGAAACUUUGCCUUCAAGUCUCGGCUUUACAAUAGCGAUACGGGCGACCGGGAGCCGGCAAAGUGGAUGUAUCUCAAGAUAGACGGGGCGUAUGCUCGAUCGGCCCAAAGCGUCGAGGACUGGUCUACUACUUUCGAGAUCAAUCAGAAUGAUAAGGUCGAGAUGUGUGCCUAUCCAUUCGACACGGGAAUGAAUUUGGAACUGGACUGGUCGGCUUCCUUUGCUUAG